CAAUAGCGAGCCAUUCCCCACAGUGGAUACUAUGGUCAACUGCAAAGGAGUUGGGAGCUCUCCCAAGAGCCCCGUGAACCAGGAGAUCUGUCGCUACUGCAGAACGAGAGUCUGCGAGGAAUGUUUCGUCGCUGCUACAAGCAGAAGCUCGUCAUUGCACUCGCCUUCUGCCCGCCAUCAACACGUGUGUCUUGUGUGUAGUCGGUUGCAUCCAGAAGCCAAAGAAUUGCGCUCUCCGCCGCGUGAACGUCGUCAAAGCCGCUUCCAACGAGUGAAUUCAGCGCCCACUUCAGUAGGACCUCGUAUCGACUCGCUUUCGAACAUGGCGAGAGAGCACAGUAGAAAAGGACGCAGUGGUAAACCUAGUGUAGCGUUCUUAUCAGCAGAGGACCAGUCACAACAGAAGACAGAGAUGGAGCUGUCAAAUGCGGAUCGUCGACGCCGACACACAUCAGCUAUCGCUCCAUCCCGUUCUGUCGAUUUUCCAUGUCCCUCAAGAUCAUCCAGAGCUCGACACUUGCUCCGAGCUAAUGCCACAGAGCUGCAAGCUGCGAGAAGACAGCAGAACGCCACAGAGUUGCACACUUCGCCGUCGUAUUCGUGUGAUUUUACAAAGACAACUGCCCGGAUGGUCAUCCGUGAUGCCACUUCGACCGAAUCCAGGGACAUGGAACUUGCGAUGAUGACUGGUUCCCAGCCGACCCUCGAUAUGUCCGCCGAGUCCAAUGAAAUGAGAUUGUCGACUGUUGAUCUGAGACUGCCCAAGUACAAGGUGAACGUACCUACGCCCACCAAGAGGGGACGUCGCGCGUCAACGGCUGAUCCGUCCAACAGUGCUUUGACUCCGAUAUCUAUUGAGAACCUUGCAGCCAUCGACGCCAAACUCUCGUCCGUGGAGCUGGAGCUAAAACGCUAUGAUAUCACCCCCAAGGAAGAAUGUAAUAGUUCAGAGAAGAUCGAGAAGGACAGGUCUGAACCGAUAGACUUCCACCUCUCGAUGGUGGAUCUUCGACCGCGACCUCGUCGACACACCACGGCGAAUGCGAAGCCAAAGGUUAUACAAAAUGGGAACCAAAAGUCUGAGGUUGAGGAGGUGGAACUUCAGGUACACGGUGGGUUUGAUUCCUUUCAACGGAAAAAGAACGUCGAACCCAUCGAUUUUCACUUGUCGACAUUCGACCUCAAACCGCGAAGACAAGCGACUGAAAAUCAUCACGAAACUGGAAAAAAUUUGGGAAAGAAGGAAAAGAAGAGAAAGGAGGUGGCGAAGGAACGAACGAUCCCAAAGUACUCCAAGGAAGAACCUUGUGAUUUAGCGUACCUGGCGAAUUUCCGGUCGUACACCGUGUAGACGGAAACUUGUGAACCAUGAAGGAUAUGGAAAAAUUCUUCUCUGCCUGAAGUUCGCCUGUAUUUGUAGACGCAUUGGUGUGUGAGUUGGAAUGAAGGGAGUUUGGUGUAUGUACAAAAUAACUGAACGUGUUGAAUCUGUUAUUCGUUCAUUCGUGAC